ACAAAAAUGACUUCGUAAUUUUCCAAUUCUACGAUCAACUUGUGCAUGCAUUAGUCUAUAUAUAUAUAGAGUUUAGCUCUCUCUUACACCAAACAUUUGCAAGCAUUUUUGCAAAAAAACAGUUAAAACGUUCAUCGGUGAUCAUUGAAGUACUUGCCAAUUGCCAUUAUGUGUCCCCUUAACUCAGCUGACUUGCACAGGAUAUUCACAAAGCUCGACAAGAAUGGCGAUAACCUCCUGAGCCUGGAGGAGCUGAACUGGCUUCUUGAAAAGAUUGGAGUUCAUUACAGCCUGAAAGAGCUCGAGUCAUUAGUCGGAAAACGAACCUUAGACUACAAUCAAUUCUUGUUCUUCUGGGGUUCCAUAUCGAAAAGGAAUAGCAGCAGCAGCAGUAAUAAUGGUAGUGACCAUGAACAAGAGAACGAUGAUGAUCAGACAGGUGUCGUUGAUGAUGUCGACGAAGAGUCUGACCUAGCUAAGGCGUUCAACGUGUUUGACAUGAAUGGAGAUGGGUUCAUUACUAGCGAGGAGCUUCAGAAUGUUUUGUCGAGACUUGGAUUGUGGGAUGAGAAGAGUGGGAAGGAUUGUAAAAGAAUGAUUUGCGCGUAUGAUACCAAUUUGGAUGGUGUUCUUGAUUUUGAAGAAUUCAAGAACAUGAUGUUGCAGACUAGUUCUUAAUUUAUUUCUGUACAUAGGACUUUUCUCCAACCCUUUAGUCAGCCUGCUAGCGAGCAUAGAAUCUGACAUCCGCAUAUUUUUG